AUGGAUAUUGCAUUACGGAGACCAUCCAGGCAUGAAUUGAUCGGUAUCAAAGCACAAUCUAUGCCGGCAUCAGCGCCACAGGUGUCAGAGGCCGCCAACGGCCCCGAGAAUGUAGCUGGAAGUUCUGGGUCGCCCACUCAAGCCCAAUCCAGUGAUGAAUCGCACAAUUGCGGACCUGAUCCCCCCUCGACGGAUCGGCCUCGAUCAAAUUCGCCCCAAAUCCAAGACGAUCGCGCCCAAGAAGGUGAAAGUACGGGUCAAACUGGGAAUUCAUCAUCUUCCCGCAAAACCAAACGCAAGAAAUCAGCGGGUAUAUGGGAUUCGUGGUCUCCAAAUGGGAUUGCGCUGAUGAGCCUCACAAUCACACUACUACUGGGAAUAUCCGCAUGGGUUUACCAGAGCAGGGCCGACAAGAGCGCCGAGGAAGCCAAUCAGUUAGCAGCCGAGGGUAAUAGGUUGGCAGCUGCGAGCAAUCGCAUAGCUUUGUGGGAGCUUUGCAAAUCAGAGGAAGAGAUUCAAAACACAGCCACGUGCAUCGAACUGAUGAAAAGCGGCAUUCCUUCCUCAGAAAAAAGGGGCGUCUCUCAUAGAGUGCCUAUGCGAGAGAUUCGUUACCCUGAGGAUUUCGAACUGUUUACCCGCCAUCAUGGACUGCUGAUGCAUUUACUGGCUCAACGAUUACAACUGAACCGGGAACUCCACGCCUUCAACGAUAAUGGGCGGCAGCAAGGUCGCUCAGAGGACUCGCCAAUCAUAGACAGCGGUGGGCAGUUCAAUCAUCUCACCGACUCGAUAUCAAUGUCUGAAAAUUAUAUUCUUGCCCUGCUCAGCUUCAUGUCUCUACCAGAGAGCGGAGCAGGAGACUUGUCACUGACAACCCACAGAGAGAGGGAGAAUCAAGUCCUUUCGUCCCACUCGCUGGAAUUACAGUACGGCACAGAGUCGGAGUGUCGCCGGGUUCAGUCUGAAUUUUAUCUCCAUGUUCCAGCGUCGAUGGCCACUGGGGAACGACAGCAUCCGAGCCAAACAGAUCUUCCACCUUUCACGAAUAAUCCAAUUGGCUACCUGGAAAAACUUAUUGUUCGAUAUUCCUCUAACGAGCUGGCCAUGGCUAUGUGCUUUUUGUGGACCUUCUCGUUCUGGAACCUUUCUCUUCUAACUUAUUAUUAUUUCAAGGCCCUCGGACUCUAUUAUCAUAUUUCUCAGCGAUGGGUCAAAUUUCGUUUUGAGUUUGGCCUGUAUGCUGAUCAGUCUCGAAAGCUAACUGGAUAUACGUACACCUGUCAUGCGUACCAUGUGGAGAUUCCUGGCACAGAUGCACAGUUGGAGGUUUGA